AUGGUCCGAGUAUCAUCCGUAACCUCCUCCACCAGCACCAAACACAAGUGGUACCACUGGUACGCGGACUUUGUGUUCUCGUACCCGUGGACAGUACUACUGAUAACUUUGUGGACAUUUCUGAUAUUACCAUUGACUCUACUGUACCUAUUUCCUCUUCGAUUGGACAGUAAUCCAGAAAAAGGCUUUAAUACUCGAGGUACAGUAUACUCAACUCCGAGGAUAGGAUGGAGUCAGCUGCAGCCCUAUCUUCUGAAGGGGAGCCGAGUUAUGGUAGAGACUCGCAGGACGAAGAGAGGAUGGGCAGAUGACUUACUCUCGAGCUUGGGCAGUAUCGCUUGCUAUGAACAGCCUAUACCUGCGAGUAAGUGUUAACAGUAUGAGAUGUUUUACUACGUUUACAUAUAUAAUCAUAAAGAACUUGUGUUACGUUACUCUUAAUAUGUACCACGUUACCAAUCAAUGUCACUUUUAGUGGACUACCUAUCUCAAGUCAUAGUAUCCGUCCCCAGCUUUGACUGGAUUUUCUCCCAGCCGUUCUUAUCAGAAAUGUGUAGCUUUCACGAUAAGAUACGUCCAUCGCUACAAGUGUUCGACGCCAUAACUCCUCACCGUAACAUCUGGCACGUCGCAAACUACCUGGCCUGCCUCUCUCCCGAACCUCAGAUCAACUGUACCUACAUCAAGUCGGAGGACAUGAUCAAGGUCAAGAGCUUGGUCAAGUUCUGUGCCGAAUACCGGUCGGAGAUUGUGGAUUGCCGGAGGGAAUGUUUGGAGAGAGUACGACAGAAUCAGAUCGAGCAACAGCCAUUGUUGGCAGUAAAGUGUAGAGAGUGCGACCCAGCUAUGGUACCAUCGAACUGCUCCACUCAGAUGAUGUUCGACCUCUUUUACCGGAUAUUGCCUAAGGAUCUGACAUCCAGACCGUUCUAUAUCAACUCUUUUCUGCCUGUUUACACCUACACUUCAUAUCAGCUACAAGGGUUUCCGGUAAAGCUAAGUGACUUUGUCAACCUCCAGAAUGCCUUGAAGAAUAUAUCUUCGGAGCAGUACGUCAUCAAAGGUAAGGUCUAUAUUAACAUUGGCUUUGUCUUUCAAAAUGUAAAACUUGAACACAAAUAACCCAUCUGAAGCAUAUAAUCACUAUUAUUUACUAUGUAUUGUUGUAGGUACCCUUCUGGACGUGAAACGAGACCUUCUCCUAAACGAAGCCAUAGCUGAUUCCCAGUACACUCUACUAGCCGGAACCCUAGUAAUAGCCCUAGUAGUACUGUACACUCGUUCCUUGACUUACUGUAUCGCCUGCAUCAUCCAACUGAUGGCUUCAGUACUGUCAUCUGCCAUUAUUUACCGUAUCUUCAGCGUGGAAUUCCCUCUUAUGAAUCUGAUCGUGUUUGUGCUUCUGAUCUCAAUUGGAUCUGACGGUGCAUUUCUCCUCUUCUCAUCGUUCCCGGAUACUGUAGAUACGUUGAACGUGGACACCUUCAGAGAAUGUCUUCAUCACACGGCUUCUACAAUGUUCUUGACUCAGUUCUCUACAGUAGUGCCAUUCUUUUUGAACAUCUUUUCGGCCGUUCUGGCGUUCAGAUGCUUUGGAUUGUUCUCGGGCUUCACUUUGAUCAUCAACUACGUCAUGUUAAUAUCGUUUUUGCCCGUGGUAUUGAUACUACAGCGACGACUUAUUGAUCCUAUCGCUAACAAAUUCAUACGGUAAGUGUCUGUCUUGAUCUUGCCGAUACUGAUUUGACUAAACUUACCUUGAAAAUAUACAUAAUGUUUCAUAAAAACAAUGUUUAUAUCAACUGUUACAGAAGUAUUUCUACGUUUUGUAUGACCUUUCUUUCAGACCAUGGAAGUUCAUCUUCUACCGUAUCGAAGACUUUACCUCAGACAAGUCCAAGUACCUCUUAUCGACCCUACUACCUUCUAUCGUCCUCAAAGGCCGCUAUUUAUGGUUAAUAUCCUUGUUCAAUUUGACCGCCACAUGUGGCUACAUUAGUAUAACAGGCCUUCAUCUACCUCAAUAUAAUCCUUUACAGCUCUUCGUAGCCUCAGACCCCAACGAGUUCUAUGAUAACAACGCUGAAAGACUAUUCGAAUUCAUCGAACAGAAGAUAGCGUUACCAUUGACGAUCAGGUUGGUGUUCGGGAUCAGUGUACAAGACAAGUCAUCGUUCUUCGAUUCCCACGAAAUCUCUCUGUUAUCGACUGAUAAAGACUUUGAGUUAUCGACCGUCGAUGAUAUCAGAGGAUUGGCAGCGUUUCUGCUUCGCUUGAGGACCUUGUACUUUAUCCAGCAUGAACACAAGUUCUGGCCUGAACGGUAAGAUUUAAUAUUACUAUAUCAAUACAUAUUCUAUGUCAUACUCUUUCAGAGAUCUCGCUUUCAGUAUUAUAUUUAAAACUUUGAUUAUUAAUUUCACAUUCAGAUUCCUCGACUGGAGCCAAAGAAUUCCUUGUGAAGCCGGCGACAUCUGUUGUAACGUGAACAACCAAUUCUACUCCGACAGAUACCUCGACCACUGUAUGAGGGUAUCCACUUCUCAACUUCUAACCAACUACAAUGACACUCCUUUAUAUCACAAUCACACCUUCGAGUUUGUAGGAUACACGGCUUUGUUACCUACAAAACUCAAGUAUUCUCACCGCUUUGCCAAUCUCUCCAGAGCUUUCGAUCUCCUUGACCAUAGUAUUAACAGAAAAGGAAUGUGGUACACUCCUGAAUGGGGUCUCAUGUCAACAUGGUUCGAUUUACAACGGUCCAUUAUUGCGGAUUCGACUCAAUCAGUGGUUAUUAGUAUUUUGGUCGUACUAUUGUUUGCUGCCAGUAUAUUAAGGUAGUUUCUAGGCUUGAUAAAAAAGCAAGAAGAAUUAUCUUAUACAAACCCUUUCUUUACUAAACGUUUUCCAGACUCCGAGCCAUCUGCGCCAUGAUCAGCAUCGUAUGUAUCGUAAUAUGCAGCAGCGGCACUUUGGUAAUGAUGGGUUGGGAGGUGGGAAUGCUAGAAUCCGUCAUCUUGGUACUAGCUGUCAGUCUUUCAUUCGACUACACAUUACACUACGGAGCAGCUCUACCGUCCUCUCGAUUGUGUCCGGAUGACAGAAUCAGAACAGCGAUCGAAAGAUCUACAAAACCUGUCAGUAUGGCAGCUUUAUCAAGUGCUCUGGCUGGACUGGCAUUGUUAUCUUCAAAUACCCACGCCUUCUACCAAGUAGCUAUAUUCUUACUGGUUUCUACUGGAUUCAGCUUCUUGUUUGCCACUUUCUUCUUCCUUCCCUUAUUGUCGUUGUUCUUGAUCAAGAACGACGGUCAACAAUGUGAAAUGUGUAGGAUAAAACAAAAUGCAGUACAGCUACGAGAAUCGUAUCUCAAACCAGUUAUACGCUAG